AUGUUCUUCACGCAGUCUCUUCUGGCCUUGCUGGCUGUCCAGGUCUUCGGUGCCGCCGCCCAGGCCGACGCCAAACCCUCCGCGCCAGCUGAGCCUCCUACCCUCAAUGCGAAGAUCAAGACGAGCUUCCCCGACUCGGACAUUCUUGGCGUCAAGAUCCUGAACGGCCGCCCUACCAAUGCCCUCAUUGAUAUUGAGAACCAGGAGGCCGGCCCAAUCAUCGUCUCCUUCGUCACCGGCAAUGUCAAGCACACCAAGCAGCUCCCUGCCGAAGCUCCGGCCUACCAGUCCAUCCUGCACAACAUCACCGCAGUGCAGUACAGCACCAAGAUUGAGGCUGGCGAGAAGAAGGCUCUCCCGUUCUCCUUCGCCCUGGACAAGAACCCCCAGGAUGUGAUCGUCCAGCUCACCGCCAUCGUCUCCAACAGCAAUGGCGACGUCGUCCCCGUCGUCGUUUUCGACGACAAGGCGUCCAUUGUCGAGGCUCCCGUCAGCUUCUUUGACCCCCAGAUUAUCUUCCUCUACCUCUUCCUCUCCGCCGCCUUCGUUGGUGCCCUGUACUUUGUCUACAAGACCUGGGUUGAGACUCUGCUGCCGGCCGCUAAGCGCGCCCCCAAGACUCCCAAGAAGGCCAAGAAGAUCGAAAACGACGGUGCCCUCUCCGGCUCCGAGUCCAUCACCGUCUCCCCCACCGGCAAGACCUACGACGAGAGCUGGAUCCCUGACCACCACAUCAACCGCCCCCCUACCAAGCGUGGCAAGUCUGCCAAGGGCAAGAAGGUCGAGUAA